CCUCGACAUGCUCGUCGUCGGCCUCACCGGCGGGAUUGCGAGCGGCAAGUCGACCGUCACCAAGCUCUUCAAGGACCACAAAGUCCCCGUCAUCGACCUCGACAUCCUCGCCCGGGUCGCCGUCGAGCCCGACUCGUACGCCCUCUCGGCCCUCGUCCGGCACUUUGGGCCCGACAUCCUGCGCGACGACGGCACCCUGAACCGCGACAAGCUCGGUAGCAUCGUCUUCAACAACGACAAGGAGCGCAAGGUCCUCAACUCGAUCGUCCACCCGGCCGUGCGCCGCCUCCUCGCGUGGGAGCUCGUCAAGGCCUGGUUCCGCGGCGAGAAGCUGUGCGUCGUCGAUGCGCCGCUCCUCGUCGAGGCCGGCCUGUGGAAAAUGUGCGGCGCCAUCGUUGUCGUCUACUGCUCCGAGAUCCUCCAGCUUCAGCGCCUGCGCUCGCGCAACAACCUGUCGCUCGCCGACGCCCAAGCCCGCCUCGCCGCCCAAGCCCCGCUCUCGUCCAAACUCAAGUACGCCGACCUCGUCAUCGACAACUCGGGCCCGCUCGCCGACCUCGACGCCCAAGUCGAGCGCGUCGUCACGCGCCUUCACGAGCGCGCCGGGUGGAGCUGGGUCCUGAGCUGGCUGUGCCCGCCGGUCGGCGUCGUGCGCGCCGUGCUGCGCGUCGGCUGGCGCCUGUGGGUCAAGGGCGUCGGCAAGGACAAGAGCCGGCGCACGAGGGGCGAGAGGAGGCCAGAGUCGAUCGAGCUCAAGGACCGCAGCAGAAGGCGAGGGAGCGAGCCAUCCUGAGCGGCGAGUCGUCGCGCUCGCCGUUUCUCCAUUUCUCUCUUUCUGUCUCGCGAUCCGUCCUUCCUUGUUGUCGAACUUGCGUCUCUCCUCUCUCGAGCAAUGUAGACUCUUUGUGCGAC